AUGGACACCCUAGAAGCGGCCCUCUCCCUCCCCGAGCGGGACCCACCCCCCCUCCCCAAAGACGGACAGCCAGUCCGGUUCAGGCCAUUAAUCCUCAACUUUAGCGACGUCGACCACCCCUCUGGGAACGAGAGGCGGGGUAGUAGACACGGGGAUUUCUCCCAGAGCGAGAGUCUGUGCUAUAGGACUUCUCUCGGGAUGAGUCUAGAACGGGGGCGGCACCCGGUGGGAAUGAACACCUCUGUGCUCUACAGUCCGUACGUUCAAGUUGUUCGUCGGGACACGUCCGAUCGCUUCCUCGAUCUGGACCACCCCGAGAAUUUGCCCGUGGUGGCGGCCAUCACGAUGGGGGCGCAGUACCGGCCCGAGACAAAAACCUACAUGGUGCCUGCUGAGCUGGGGAGGACGAGGCCGAAGCAGGCUUUUCAUCGGUAUACUGACAGAGAAAGGCUCAAGAUGAGGAUGAGGUUGACGCUGAGGGUGGCGGGGAUGCACAGGCAUACUAGGUUGGUUCUUGGGGCGGUGGGGUGCGGGAGGAGGUACAAGAACCCGGCCGAGGAUGUGGCGUUGUGCUGGUUGGAGGUGUUGAGGGAGGAUGAGUUUGCGGUGGAUUGGUGGACCGAUGUGGUGUUUGCCGUGUGGGACCCGCCUGGGGCAGGACCGGAUUCGGUGUCCAAGUUUAAUCAUGAGAUUUUUAAACGGGUGCUGGAUGGGAAGCACGUGGGGGAGUAUUAUUGGAGGUUGCAUGAGUAG